GCAGAAAUAAAAUUCCCAUCAUCCCCCUCUCUCGACGAACGACGACGAAAAAUCUUUUAAAUCUUCGAAAAGUCAAAAAAAAACUGCACCAACCACAGUUUCGAAUUUUCUUUCAUCCUUCAAAAAGUCGUGUACCUUCUACAGCCACCAUGGCGGCAACAAUAGGCAGAAUUUGUGGCUCUAAUUUAUUAAAAACUAAUUCCUGUUUAUCCCGGCAGCAGGUAAAUAACUUUGCAACCAGCAAAGCAUGGACCAGUGGCCAAAAGAAGCUACUUGCAUCUGCAGGAAUUGUUACUGGAGGUAUUGGAGCCCUUAUUUAUGCAUUGGAACAAUCGGUGCAGGCAUCCGGUACUGAGGUACAUCCACCAUCAAUGCCAUGGUCUCACAAAGGUGUUAUUUCAUCGCUGGAUCAUGCUAGCGUUCGCCGUGGUUAUGAGGUAUACAAACAAGUGUGCUCAGCUUGUCAUUCGUUGCGCUUCAUCGCUUACCGUAACUUGGUUGGCGUCACCCAUACCGAAGCUGAAGCUAAGGCUGAAGCUGAAGGAAUUAUGGUGAAAGAUGGUCCUGAUGAUGCUGGAAACUACUUUGAAAGACCUGGUAAACUUUCCGAUUACAUCCCUGGUCCAUAUCCAAAUGAAGAGGCUGCUCGUGCUGCAAACAAUGGAGCUUACCCACCAGAUUUAAGUUACAUUGUAUCUGCUCGCCAUGGUGGAGAAGAUUAUAUCUUCUCGUUACUUACUGGCUACCAUGAGGCACCAGCGGGAGUAGUUCUUCGUGAAGGACAAUACUUCAAUCCUUACUUUGCAGGCGGAGCUAUUGGUAUGGGUCAAGUCCUAUACAAUGAGGUUAUUGAAUACCAAGAUGGUACACCAGCAACUGCCAGUCAAUUGGCCAAGGAUGUUGCUACAUUCUUGAAAUGGACAUCAGAGCCAGAACACGACGAACGCAAACGCAUGGUGAUCAAGGCCUUUGGCAUUUUCACCUUCUUGAUUGUAAUUUCUUACUACAUCAAGAGGCAUCAAUGGUCAUCAAUUAAAUCCAGAAAGAUAGUAUUCGCUCCAAAGAAGAAGUAAACUAAGCCACAACAACAUAACUACCAUCAAUAAUUGACCGCCAGCUAAUUAAGAACAACAGCAGCAGCAACAAUAACAAAAAAACUACCACACCUAAAAUUAAAACCCAAAAAAAAAAGGAAACAACUUUGUUACAGUUAAACAAAACUACAACCAAAUAUUGCUAAGAUGAAUAUUAAUAAAGGUUAUCUUCGUCUUAAACAAAAGAUAUAUGUUAUUGUUUAAUGGAUCGAAACAUUAAUGACAAAAAAAUAAAAUAACAACUCAGAGUUUUGUUUAAAUAAAAUAUAAAAUAAAAAGAAAAACACAACGAGAAGAUCUAAAGUUCGUAAAAAAAAAAUACUCGUAUCUCUCUCGUGUAGAUUUUUAUUAUUUUAAAUGCCUGCCUCAAGUUAGUCCUUUAUGUAUUUAUU